UUCCUAUGGGCACCCUUGAUGAGGGGCCAGGGAAGUGGAUAUCUCCACCCUUCAGGUCACCCGUCUCUAUAACUCCUCUAUCUCUCUUUCUGGGCCUUGAAAACUUCUUUCAGGUCCCUAUCCGUUCUUUAUCGAGGCGAGAACGAGAACGAGAACGAGAACAGCCUUCGCUCCUCCCGUGUCCCAGGACAGUCGCAUCCAUUCGCUCGUCAUUCUGGUCCACUUCGUUAUAUGUCGUCCCUUACUGUUCUCAGUUCUAUCCUGGGCUACGGGGCCAAAUUCAACACCCACCUUGAUGCCAUCUCUAGCCCUGAUCGCGAUGCGUCCCCCUUCCUGAGCCCCGGGGGUGCCUUUGGCCUGUUGGUUCUCUACACUCUGGUCUACAUAGUCCCUCUAUACGGAUCACCCAGAACCCGCCCUUCUCCCACAUUGUCUCGAGAUGAUCCGCGUGUCAUCCGCGCCCGGAUCAGGUCGGCUCUCGCCUCCACCGUCAGUUGCUCUAUCUGCACUUACUUCAUCUUGUCCAACUCGCAUGGCAGCGUUGAAUCAACCCCCCUCCAUGCCAUGGGCUACUGGCCCUUAGGCCUGAGAGAAACCGCCGGGUCUCUUUUGCUCACAGCCAUAUUAUUCGCUGCACCAUUGUACGAGACUCUUCUGCUUGAUGGUCUUUGGGUAGAUUGGGUCACAUUGCGCCCGCUUCAUGACCUUUGGACAACCUGGACUGGCUGGAGAAACAUCGCCAUGGGCCCCUUGACCGAGGAACUUCUCUUCCGAUCCGCCUCCGUUCCCCUCUUCCUCUUAGCUCGCAUGUCGCUUGGCAGCACUGUCUUUCUUACUCCCAUCGUCUUCGGCCUUGCACACAUCCACCACUUCUACGAGUUCCGCAUCACCCACCCCGAGGUACCCCUCGCCGCUGCAAUUGCUCGCUCGAUCUUGCAAUUCUCAUACACGUCCCUUUUCGGCGCAUACGCUACCUUUGUAUUCCUCCGCACCCGCAGCCUCCUUGCCGUCGUUCUCGUACACGCACUCUGCAACUCCAUCGGACUUCCUCGUUUCUCGGGUUCAGUGCGGCCUUACUGGGUUGGCGGCCGCGGCCCAUCGUCGCCAGCCAGUGCUCACACCUGGACGGUCCUUUACUACCUGCUACUUUUCGGGGGCGCCUGGGGCUGGUGGGCCGGCCUCAUGCCGCUCACGGCAAGCCCGAUGUCAACGAUAGAAGCAGAUACUUGGUCAGCCACGUCGCAAGCUUAG